ACACGCGUGUUAUUAUUCCCCCUUAAAAACAAAUUAUAAAAUCUUGAUAUGAUUCACAUACACACGAUAAGCAUAUACAUAGAGACACAGACACAGGGACAUACAUAUAUACAAUAGUAUCCCCUAAACACUUGCCACUCGCCCCAAAGAAAGCGGGAAGGCAAACGUAAACAAGUCUUUGAAACGAAAAGGCCUUUGGAGUUUGGAGUCCAUGAAGAUUAAUGGCAAGAUAAUUAAUUGCAAGAUUAAUAAGAAGUCAUGGAGGACCGAGGAGGCGUUGAAGUCGCGCAGACGGGCUGUUGCAUCACGAAGUGCAAGAAUUCAGCGUUCUUGGCAGACGUGGUGCUUUUCACUUUCCCAGAUGAAGCCGAGAGAAAAGGUUUGUGGAUGAAGCUUUUGAGAGAACAUAUGACUUCAAGUAACACCAAAGCGGAACCAAGGAUCUGUUCCGACCAUUUUCGCUCAAGUGACAUAGUGAGGACAUCCCCCCAGCCAGAACUGUCAGCUGAGGCUCUUCCCCAUGUCCAGGGCAGUGACAAGAGAGAAGAUGAAUUGGAUGGAAGUGGCCAGGUUGACAAGGCCUUUACUGAGGAGCUUGAAGAGGAGGUGUCAGGAAGACCACCGAGAGUGAAAGUUGAGGCUUUAGAUUGUCUCCGACCUCAGGGCGAACCACAACCACUCCAUCUUGAGUCUGCUGAGAGUGUAGAUCAUAUGUCUGUCUCCAGAUGGAAAUGCAUAGUGAUGAAAGAGAUGUCAGCGUUGAUAUGACAAGUUCCAGUAAAGUCAAAGAAUCUCAGGACAGCUCAAAAGAGAGAGAGGGGGAAGUAAAUAGUUCAAGAAAACUUAAGAUUACCAUUAGUCCAGACAAGAUAGAUAAAUUUCUUAAAGAAAAAACAGAAGAAACUUCCCAUGGUGCGUACCGAUGGGAUGUAUUAAAAGAAAUUGAAAGCUGUUCAGGUGAAGAAAAGCAAGAACUUGCUCAGGGGAACUCAGAGUUGGGUUGCGAUGCCCCAGUUCCAACUAUAGCAUUUAAGAGGAAGCGAGGUCGCCCACGAAAGGGCACCUUUGUUCCUCGCACAGUGCCAGGGAAACAGGCUGCCAGCACCAACAACACUCAAAUUGAGGUCACAGCAGCAGGAAAAAGGAUAUUAUCAAUAAGCACCAACAAUGAAGACCCA